UGACUCGUCCGACUCACUAUAUUCUCUCUCUCUCUCUCUCUCUCUCUCUCUCUCUCUCUCUCUCUCUCUCUAAUCCGUCUAUAUAUCUCUCUCUGCAUUCCUCUCCUCUCUCCAAUCCUCUCAUCCCAUCUCUCUGGUAUCUGCUAACCUACGCACCCGCCAUGGGUUUCUCACUAGUCGAGGGUUUCUCCAAAUCGCUUGCCAUGACAGUACUCUCUGAGAUUGGAGACAAGACAUUCUUUGCUGCAGCGAUCUUGGCAAUGCGGCAUCCACGUAGACUAGUCUUAUCAGGCUGCUUGUCAGCUUUGACUGUGAUGACGAUUCUCUCUGUUCUUGUCGGCUGGGCUACACCAAAUCUGAUUUCUCGCAAAUGGACUCAUCACAUGACAACAUUGUUGUUCUUUGGAUUUGGGCUUUGGUCUUUAUGGGAAGGAUUCACGGAAGAAGGGGAUGCUGAAGAGUUGGCUGAAGUCGAAGCAAAAUUGGAUGCUGAUUUGAAGUCCAAUAAUGGUGCAAACAAGGCAGGUUCCAAGGCAGAUGAUGAAUUGAAAAAACUUCAAAGACCAUUUCUAGCCCAAUUUUUCUCGCCCAUCUUUCUGAAGGCAUUUUCGAUUACAUUCUUUGGGGAGUGGGGUGACAAGAGUCAGAUAGCGACAAUUGGUUUGGCAGCAGACCAGAACCCCUAUGGUGUGGUUCUUGGUGGAAUCAUAGGACAAGCAUUGUGCACAAUAGCAGCUGUUCUGGGAGGAAAAAGCUUGGCAUCCCAAAUAUCUGAGAAAAUGGUUGCACUCUCUGGCGGGAUCCUUUUCUUAGUUUUUGGUGUCCAAUCAUUUCUUUCAACAGUUGAAGAGUAAUAAUGUCUCUGUUCUUUCAUGUUCAGUCAACGUGCAGGAUAAAUGCUUGUUAUAUUUUCUUGCUCUGCACUGCAUCAGGGCAUUUUGCUCUCCCUCCCUUCCCAUCUUGCCCUUUCUGUAGUUGUAGGGGCUGUCGAAGCUGACAGCAUUGGACGAACAAAGGGGUUGAAAGCAGCUGGUUGAUGCUCGGCAGAUGAAAACAGACCAUUGAUAUAUUUUAUAGAAUUAUAGUGUUUAUGAAAAUUUUCAGCAUUCUCAGGUUGGGAA